UGAUGCCUUCCCCCUCGGUGGAGCGGGACCCGGGCUCCGCUCCACCCCUCAGAGCCCGCAGUCGUGCCGCGGCACCGGCGGGCAUCUCUGCCAGCUCCUCUUCCGCGGCCGGGACCAUGGCCACGGACUCGUGGGCUCUGGCGGUGGAUGAGCAGGAAGCCGCGGCUGAGUCGUUGAGCAACUUGCAUCUUAAGGAAGAGAAAAUCAAACCAGAUGUCAAUGGUGCUGUUGUCAAGACCAAUGCUAAUGCAGAGAAAGCAGAUGAAGAAGAGAAAGAGGACAGAGCUGCCCAGUCUUUGCUCAACAAGCUGAUCAGAAGCAACCUCGUGGAUAACACAAACCAAGUGGAAGUCCUGCAGCGGGAUCCGAACUCUCCCCUCUACUCAGUGAAGUCUUUUGAAGAACUUCACUUGAAACCACAGCUUCUGCAGGGAGUCUAUGCCAUGGGUUUCAACCGUCCAUCCAAAAUACAAGAGAAUGCAUUGCCUUUGAUGCUUGCUGAACCUCCACAGAACUUAAUUGCUCAGUCUCAAUCUGGUACUGGUAAAACAGCUGCCUUUGUGUUGGCCAUGCUCAGCCAUGUAGAACCUACAAACAGAUUUCCUCAGUGUCUGUGCCUCUCUCCAACAUAUGAGCUCGCUCUUCAAACAGGAAAGGUGAUUGAGCAGAUGGGGAAAUUUUACCCUGAACUGAAGCUAGCAUAUGCUGUUCGAGGCAAUAAAUUGGAAAGAGGUCAGAAGAUCAGUGAGCAGAUUGUCAUUGGCACCCCUGGGACCGUCCUAGACUGGUGCUCCAAGCUCAAGUUCAUUGAUCCCAAGAAGAUCAAAGUAUUUGUUCUGGAUGAGGCUGACGUGAUGAUAGCUACUCAGGGCCACCAAGACCAGAGCAUCCGCAUCCAGAGGAUGCUGCCCAGGAACUGCCAGAUGCUGCUUUUCUCUGCCACCUUUGAAGACUCAGUGUGGAAGUUUGCCCAGAAAGUGGUUCCAGACCCCAACAUUAUCAAACUGAAGCGUGAGGAGGAGACGUUGGACACCAUCAAGCAGUAUUAUGUCCUGUGCAAUAACAGAGAGGAGAAGUUCCAGGCCCUGAGCAACCUGUAUGGAGCCAUCACCAUUGCUCAAGCCAUGAUCUUCUGCCACACCCGCAAGACAGCUAGCUGGCUGGCAGCAGAGCUCUCAAAAGAGGGCCACCAGGUGGCUCUGCUGAGUGGCGAAAUGAUGGUGGAACAGAGGGCUGCAGUGAUUGAGCGCUUCCGAGAAGGCAAAGAGAAGGUUCUGGUGACCACCAACGUGUGUGCCCGUGGUAUCGACGUUGAACAAGUAUCAGUCGUCAUCAACUUUGAUCUGCCCGUGGACAAGGACGGGAACCCAGACAACGAGACCUACCUGCACCGGAUCGGGCGCACAGGGCGCUUUGGCAAGCGGGGUCUGGCGGUGAACAUGGUGGACAGCAAGCACAGCAUGAACAUCCUCAAUAGGAUCCAGGAGCAUUUUAAUAAGAAGAUAGAAAGAUUGGACACGGAUGAUUUGGACGAGAUUGAGAAAAUAGCCAACUGAGAAGGCCGCCAAGCGUCUGUUGUGCUCCAGCGCCACUCCGUGCUGUCCCCGUAGGAGACCAGUGCUCUCAUGGCUUAGGUCUUGACGUCACCUCAGAGAAGAAGGCCCGCGUAGAAAAACUACCUACCUCAUUCAGAAUUACGUUUGGACUUGACAAAAAUUUGUACAAAUGAUGGAGGAUGGUAGAAUAUUUGUUUAUAACUUUGGAAGAUUAGGCAUGAAUACACAGAAAUUUACCUUUGGA